AUGGCAACAGACAACACGGCAUUUCAGUACGACAGUAUACUCAGGGGCGAGUUCUUUCAAGAUAUCGCCGAGGAUGUGGCCGACGAAGUCGAUGGCGAUGGCGAUGGCGAUGGCGAUGACGAUGACGACGCCGAUGCCGAUGGCGAGGACGACGUUGAUGACCAUGCCGGGACGCCGCCAGUUAGCCCCCGGCCCAAAAGAGCUUCAGCUCAACCCCAACCUGAUAAAACAGAGGCUUCUGACUGGAUCCCAGAACUGAAAAAGGUCGUGCAGCUGACGGGAGAUGACGGGUACACACAUAUCAUCGGGUUAGAGAGCUAUACCCCAGCUGCGCGCCCGAGCCGCAAGGAUAACGAGGACGAGAAGCAGCCAUUUGAAGAAUACGCGGUUCUUUUGAAGGCAGUUAUCGAAAGGUACGAGAAGCGCGCCAGGUUCCAGCUUGAGCUCCAGUCGGAAGGCAAGCUCAAGGCCCUCUCCCUGGCCCCGGAGACCGACGAGAGCACGCGCAAGGCCCUUGGUCUAUUGGUAGAUUUUAUUCACUCGCCAAUGGGCCAUCAAAGACUCAUCGAUGCCUACAACGAGCUUCCAGUCCUGUUCCAAGACUCGGCCGAGAAGGAAUCCAAUGGAAUGGGAUGCAUUCUCGAGUCUGUCGAGUUCGAGGAGAAGGAGGAUGAAAAGCCAACCUGGAACUUGAACUUUUAUGCGGUUACCACGAUGGGAACCGGUUUCACGUCAAACGCGACAUACACGCCGUGGAAUACUUUCCUGGAAUGCUUUCUCCACUACAAGGGCCCCGCGUCUCUGACGGUGGGAGACUGUGAGCGGAGGCUGGUGGAUCUAGACUCCGCAUUCGAGGUUGACGAGCGUGUAAUCAUCGACCGCAAAUCUGAGACACAGUUCAGCAAAAUCGACGACAACCUGGGCGUAACCGUAGGGUCUUGUUUCGCCGACUAUCUCAGGACGGGGGACGCCACUUUCCAAGAGGAGUGGAUGGUCGAUCCCAAGAGCUACGUCAAGGCGGACGACCCGGAUCUCUCGGACGAUGAUUAUUUCAUGUGCCGUAACAACAUCGUCGGCUUCGUGGUGGGCCAGAAAGUCUGGGUACAAUAUAUACGGACGUCUUCCUUGACCGAGAUUGAAUGGGGGCGCGACCCAUUUAGGUCGCUUCAGCUUGGAGAGGAAAGGAAACGACUUGUUCACCGCCUCGUUACGGGAUUCGCCAACGAUAAAACAGAUGCGUACGACGAUGUCGUCGCUGGGAAGGGCAAGGGCCUGAUCUUCUUACUCCACGGUCCCCCUGGACUAGGAAAAACUCUGACAGCAGAAAGCGUGGCGGAAAGUGCAAAGCGACCCCUAUACCGCAUCACAACCGGCGAGCUCAGCACCGAAGUGCAAACGCUGGAGAGUCAGCUGACAGACAUCUUCAAAAUCGGAGCUCGAUGGAAAGCCGUAGUCCUUUUAGACGAGGCAGAUGUUCUCAUGAGCCGAAGGACGGUUGAGGACCUUCGCCGUAACUCGAUUGUGGCUGUUUUCUUACGCCUUCUUGAAUACUACAAGGGUUUGUUGUUCCUUACCACAAACCGACACGAUGACUUCGACGAAGCGUUUUGGAGUCGAAUUCACGUCACUAUACAAUACAAGGAACUCACCGCGGCUUGGAAAACAAAUAUUUGGCGUGAGCAUAUACAGCGUGCCUGCAUGAACAACUCGAAGGAGAAUCUCUGGACGGAGGAGAUGUUCCAGGUGUUGGGAGAGCUGGCGAGCAACGGUAGGGACAUCAAAAACUACGCGCGCACAGCGUACGCGUUUGCUCGCGCCGAAGACGAGGAUGUCAUCUUAGAUCACAUUUUGAUCGUCCUUCGGAACAACCUUCACGAAAGAAUUCUUAAUGCGCAUGUAGACGUCUUCUCCAAGCUGGAUCUGCUCACCAAAAAGAAGCUCCGGCAAUAG